AUGUACCAUGAUAGCGGCACACGGGAGAAGUCCAUAUCCACUAGAGUCUAUAGGAUCUACAAUCCACACCCCCACAAGCUGCAGCCACAAAGUACAAGCAUGGUUGGCGUCAUCUCUGGCUACAUACUGCCGGCGGAGAGCCUGCACUGGUUCUGCCAGUGCUGGGUCGGUCCCUUUGUGCCCGAGGAAAUUCCGGAGGUCGAGGGGCCUCGCGAAUUCAAUGCAUUUGUGAACGACAUACUGUGCAUGAUCGACUGGAUUUGGGGUCUGGAGAGGAGCAAGCUCGUGCCUCCUCACACGGGCUCCAUUACUGAGCCCCCCUCAAAACAGGGCUUCUCCCGGACCGGGGGAAAAACUGCUGUCAUCGUCACGGGAUACGAGGAUCAGAAGAAGGGGGUCUCCUGGAUCCGGAAGACGACAGGCAG